CUGUGCGUUGUGUAGCCGCUAGUCAGCAGGAUAUCAAAAAUGCUCGCUUCUCGCAAUGUUCGCGCCGCUGCGGGUCCUCGGGUUGCCGCUGCACCUGGCCAGCGUGUAAUCCUGUCAGCUCGCGCUGGGCGGCGCGCCCUGACCGCGGCGAAGGCUCAGAAGAAGGAAAUUAUGAUGUGGGAGGCCCUUCGCGAAGCCAUUGAUGAGGAGAUGGAGCGCGAUCCCACCGUUUGCGUGAUGGGCGAGGACGUGGGUCACUACGGCGGAAGCUACAAGUGCACCUAUGGCCUGUACAAAAAAUAUGGUGAUAUGCGUGUGCUGGAUACGCCUAUUUGCGAGAACGGCUUCAUGGGCAUGGGCGUGGGCGCCGCAAUGACCGGGCUGCGCCCUAUUGUGGAGGGCAUGAACAUGGGCUUCCUGCUGCUCGCCUUCAACCAGAUCUCCAACAACUGCGGCAUGCUGCACUACACCAGCGGUGGUCAGUUCAAGGUGCCCAUGGUCAUCCGCGGCCCGGGCGGUGUGGGCCGCCAGCUGGGUGCCGAGCACUCGCAGCGCCUCGAGUCGUACUUCCAGUCCAUUCCCGGUGUGCAGCUGGUGGCGUGCUCCACCGUAAGGAACUCCAAGGCGCUGCUGAAGGCGGCUAUUCGCAGCGACAAUCCUAUUAUUUUCUUUGAGCAUGUGCUGCUGUACAACGUCAAGGGCGAGGCGGGUGACGCCGACGAGGUGGCCUGUCUGGAGCGCGCUGAGGUGGUCCGUGAGGGCACUGAUGUGUCCAUUUUCACCUACAGCCGCAUGCGUUACGUCGUCAUGCAGGCUGUGAACGAUCUGGUCAAGAAGGGAUACAACCCCGAGGUCAUUGAUCUGAUUAGCCUCAAGCCCUUCGACAUGGAGACCAUCGCCAAGUCUGUCAAGAAGACCCGGAAAGCGAUCAUCGUUGAGGAGUGCAUGAAGACCGGCGGUAUUGGUGCGUCGCUGUCCGCCGUGAUCAACGAGUCCCUCUUCAACGAGCUGGACCACGAGGUGAUCCGCCUAUCCAGCCAGGACGUGCCCACUGCGUACGCCUACGAGCUGGAGGCCGCCACUAUUGUGCAGAGCAGCCAGGUGGUGGAGGCGGUGGAGAGGGUUUGCGGCGGCCGGGUGCCGGUGGCGGUGUAAGGACUGAGGUGACGGCAUCUGGGCUUGGCUUUGGCUGCUGGAGUCCCUUCAUUGCGCGGUUGGUUGGCCGACACGAGUGGCUGGCCCGGCGGUACCUGUGUCAAUAAGGGCUCUGAUUGCCUUGACUCUUGGGCCAGGUCAUGGAGGGUGCAUGCUGCCCUCUGCCUUGAUGGCGGGCCAGAUAUUUCGCGUCGCGUCACGCUAUGGGGCGUGGACGGGGCGAGUGAUUUACUUUGCGCGAGGCUGCCAGCUGGCCGGAGGACGGCCGGUGUGUUGGGUGAAGAGUCAUAUCGGGUUGAGGUGCAGCAGUAUGCAUCAUGGCGGGUUCGUACACGUGGCGCCAUGUGGUCCCUCAUAGCUGCGCGCUUGGAAAGCCGUUGAGCUGGAUGGGCCUCUGCGGCAUAUCAUCUAGCGCCUUCGCUGUGUCAGUUGUACGGCGAUUUUGUAGCUGGUAUCGCGGCGCAAAGAAUGGACGUUUCCGAAGAACCUCGUUAGUGCUUGCCAUUAUUGUGGAUAAGUUCGGGGUGAUGAGUCGGGGUAUUGGGUAUAUGGGUAGACUUUGCUUGGUACAGAAAUUUAUAUGGGGGGUCAGAAAUCUGAAGAAUUUGUUUGUGGCAGCGAAGAUUGAACUGCCGAAGGGUAACUGUGUUGACCUGUUGGGGAUUGUGUCUCGGCUUUUCAUGCCUUUUGAGCAGAAAGGCUCCGUUACUCGGAUUGCGUCGCCUUGGGAACGUGCGAAUAGGGAUAUGGCCAAUUUUCAACCUAAGGCUGUAGUCCCAACCGCGUUGGCAGCAGGCAAGCAAGCCGCGUAAACCACGUGAACUUUUGUGUUGAAAGCAUAUGAAGAGGAUACGUGUGACAGAUGAAUGAUGACACUAUUGUAAACAGUGUUGUUUGUGUAAAUGCCGAACCUUC